AUGAACGACUACGAAAGUCGUAGACAAGAGAGGAUUAGAAAGAACCAAGCACUGCUUGCCGAGCUUGACGUCAAGCCCAUAAUCCCAAAGCAGGCUCGAAACGACGCCAGGCCUCCAGUAGUCAAGAAGAGGAAACUCCACCAGGACGCAGCACCAGCGCGGACUUCAGCCCGGAUAGCAUCUGCGGGUGUCAAGCCUAGCUACAACGAAGACGAAUUGAGCAGACCCGUCGCAUUCCCCGGAUCGACUCCCAAGAAAGGCAAAAAGCCGCGGAAUCCAAGAAAUGCCAACGACGAUCUCAAAGAACCGGAGCCCUUGGUUCCCACGAAGAACGUAGACGAGAUCCAAGCUGGCUGGGCAGAAUGGAAAGCGACAGCUCCGGCGCCCAGUCGAGACGAGAAUCGAAAUUUCCACUUCGACGACUUUCCCGAUUUCACACCCAACAAGUCUCCCGAGGAGAUGCUCCAGGAGGGCUGUUUCGGAGGCUCUUACUAUCGUCCUCUCCGCUCUCGCAAACUGGGAAUCGUGAUCGAAGACGACUGGCGAGAACUUCCACCGGACUGGAUUUCCGGCCUGCACAGGGAGAAAUUCGUGACCAGUCCCGAGUACGACGCCGAAGUGAAUAAGUUCAAAGUCAGCUGUGGCCAGAGUAUCGAAGAGUGGGAAGCCGCGGGGUGGAUCCGUCACGAACAUGAUGCGAGGGGGUGGUUUCAGUGGUAUACGCGCUUCAUUCGCGGGAGGAGGUGUGAGGAUGAUGAGAGGCAGGUAUCCCGAUGGAAGAAAUGCGUCGGUGAGACGGGGAGGUGGAGGAGGAUGUUGUUGAAGAAGUACAUGCAGUCGGGUGUGAGGGAGGUGUUUGAUGACGGAGCGGAGGAAGAUGCGCCUGAGGUUAGCCCGGUGAUGCAUCAGACUUGCCAUCACUGGGCGUUUGAAGUUCGACAGGAGCAUUUGGAUGCUUUUUGGGCUUCGGGGGGAAGAUAG